CUAGUCCUGUUUAUGAUUUAGAGAAAUUUAGAAAUAUAAGUGAAGCAUACGAAAAAAAUGAAUUAGCAUAUCUCGAGCAAUAUUAUUCAAAGUAUUACGUUGUUGACCUGAGGUUAGCACCAACGCAUCCUUUACUUCAACGAUCAGAGGCUCAGAGCUCUUCUGAUCAUUAUCCGUCAAACAUCCAAACUAUAGAAUAUGAUGUUAAGGUUAAGAGCUCGAUUAAUAAGAAAAGACAGGAUCCUCUUUCAAUUAAUACUGAAAUUUGUGCCAUUACAACUGAAGAAGGAAAGCGUUAUAGCAUUAAAGCUGGCGUCGCAGGUUGGAUUAUUGAUAUCAAUAUGAGAUUGGAACAUGAAAAGGAAUUGCUACAAAAUAAGCCAUUUAAAGAAGGUUACAUUGCAAUUAUAAAACCUAGACAAGAGAAUUCUGAUAAAUCAUUAAGCCAUUGUUUUUCUGAAGAACGAUAUAAAUUAUUUCGAAAUCUAUUAUACUCUGCUACACCAGUUAACAGGCUGGCCUCAGUAAGCCAUGAUACUGGACCUGUAACAAAACCUUCAGAUGCUGAUAUAUCGAUAUAUGCAGAUGGUCAUGUGAGAAACGAUUGGACACAAAACGAAAUAAAGUCUAUUUAUGAUUCACCUAUAAUGAGUCUUUUAUAUUAUGGUGCAAAAGUACACCGUAAAUAUCAUAAUCCACUUGCCGUACAACAAUGCACGCUCUUAAGUAUCAAAACCGGUGGAUGUUCUGAAGAUUGUGCAUACUGUCCACAAUCUUCUAAAUACAAAACUGCCGUCAAGGCAACAAAAUUGUUAGAUACCGAUGACGUUAUUACUGCGGCUAAGAAUGCAAAAAAAGCUGGUAGUACCAGGUGCGUUUUAAUAUAUUUUAAAGAUACCUCUACAUUGUUAUUACAACUUAUCAUCGUUUCUGGUAUCAUAAGGUUUUGUAUGGGCGCUGCUUGGCGUGAUCUUAAUGUUUGUUGCACUUUGGGUAUGUUAAAUGAAACCCAAGCCAAAGCUCUGAAAGAAGCUGGCUUAACUGCAUACAAUCAUAAUUUGGAUACAUCUCGUGAAUAUUAUCCAAAGAUAAUAACCACUCGAUCUUAUGAUGAGCGACUUGAAACAAUUUCAAAUGUUCAAAAUGCUGGUAUUUCUGUAUGCUCAGGUGGUAUUAUUGGGUUAGGUGAAACUCCUGAAGAUCGCGUAAAUAUGUUACACACUUUGGCAACGUUUUCAAUGCAUCCUGAGAGUGUUCCUGUUAAUGCGCUUGUGCAAGUUGAGGGUACACCAUUGGACAAACAAGAGCCAGUUUCUAUUUGGGAGAUGAUUCGAAUGAUCGCGACUGCGCGCAUCAUCAUGCCUAAAUCGAUGGUUAGAUUAUCUGCCGGCCGAAUACGGUUUUCCCAACCUGAACAAGCUUUAUGUUUCCUUGCUGGCGCAAAUUCUAUUUUUACUGGUGAUAAAUUAUUAACAACAGAUAAUAACGAUUUUGAUGCUGAUCAAGAAAUGUUUAAAAUUCUAGGCCUUACACCAAAAGCCGCCAAUUUUAAUCAAGGAUCGUCCCCAAUGAUUAAUGAACCUCCAAGCCUGAAUGAUUAUGAUAACAAGCAACGGCAAAAUGAAUUCUAA